UCAUUGAGUUUGCAGGGUGACUGGCAGAAUGAACAGCUUUUAUGACCUGGGCUACGCAACAAAUAUGUUCUGCACUGUGGACAUUACAGUUCCCAAUGGCUCUUUUGUCAAGCUGCAAUUUAACUAUUUCAAGCUACCGGGGAGCGAGCUGUGUGGCAAACAGCUCCUUGACCGUGUACGACGGCGGCGCCCAGCAGCGGGACAUUCGCUGGGCAGAUUCUGCGGCCAAGCUCUGCCGCCGGGCGUGCGCUCCCUCUCCAACAACGUGACGCUCGUGUUUCAAGUCUCGGACAACUUCAUGCAAGAAUAUGGCUUCAGUUUGGAGUUCUACAAAGUUGACCCACUGCCAGCCAGCAGAGAAUGUGGCUGGAUCCCCGUAGCAGAACGCAGACGUGAACAAGCCGGAUCGUGGGAGGCUACGAAGCAAGGCUUGAGAAUGGCCCUGGCAAGUAGAGCCUGCACAACUUCAACAGACUGACCUGUGGGGGCUUCCUCUUCAGUGACCGCUGGGUUGUGAGUGCUGCUCAUUGCUUCCAGAGUAACAACCCAAACACCUGGACGGUAUACCUGGGCCUGCACUCUCAGAACGAUCUCAGCGCUUCAACUGUCGUGG